UUAUGGAUUGCUUGAGCAACGAGAUACUUAAGAUGGUAUCAAGCUGUGUAUAAAAAUUGUGUAGAAAAGCUCAAAUAAAAGAAAUUCUUGUAAAAAUAUAUUUGAUGAGAGAAAAUAUUAUUAAUAAAAAAAAGAUAAAAGAAGAAGAUAAAAUUGUGACCGAAUGACGACAUUAUAGAGUAACAAAAUUAUUCAAAAAACAUUAAUAAUAUGAGGAAAGGUUGAUAUAUGCUUGUAUAAAGUGAUACGAGGUGUCUAAGAGAGUAUUGGUAAAAAGAGCUGUAGCGGUGAAAGGGGUAAAAGAAGAGAAGUAGGAGAAGGGAAAAAGAGAAGGAAGAAGAAGAAGAAGAAAAGGCGAAGGGGAAAGAAGAGUAGAAGAAGUAGGAGAAGGAGGUGGUGGUGAAAGGGGAGAAGGAAAAGAAGGAGGAGCUUAUCUACAGUGCAGAUCGUGAGGGCGCGGGGCCGCGACCCUGAGCCCGAUACGCGCAAUAUUAUCCUGGAUAGAAAGAGAGCCGAACCGAUAGUAGAAUAAUAUAGUUGUGGUAAAUGCAACCGAAUGCCUUGGAAUAUUUAUCUAAGAAAGUUUUAUUCGUAUGGAAUACAAGUGAGGUACCAGGAUAGUUUAAUAUACUGAGAUAGAUAUCAUUAGAGUGUAUUAAAGGUCAAGAGUUCAUGAUCGGUUAAACGGAAGGGAAGCGAUGAUCUGGAUCUUGCGAAGAGUUUGAUGACAAACUUUGUUUCUUCGUUUAUUCUUUUCCAAAAGAAUAUUUUUCUCUACCCUCUACACAAAGAUCUCAAGUAAAUUUAAAUCAUUUUUGUGUUUGAAAAGAAAUAUUUUGUUUAGUAAGGUGUGCCGAAAGUAAGAGAAAGAAAGAAAGAAAGAAAGAAAGUGUUAGCAAAUAGUACAAGUGUAUGCGGCUGUGCGACGAGUGAUAGUUUUUUUUCCUUCUCCUCCUCCUCCUCCUCCUCCUCUUCUUCUUCCCUUCCCUUUCUUCUUACCCCAUCAUAUUACACACACACACACAUACACACAUAUUAACCAAACUUAGAAUUAUCUCUCUGUUAAGCCAGUCUUUUUUCUACUUUGUUAAAAGUGUUUGCUCGUGUGCGUAAUCGUUUAUCAAAUUCAAAAAUGCCGCUGUUCGGUAAGAAAGAUUCUAAUAAGAAAAUGAAGAAGGAUGGAAAAGACGAUAAAUCACCAUCCGUCGAGGACAAAUAUAUUUUAAAGGAAUUACUUGGAACGGGUGCAUUUUCUGAAGUAAGGUUAGCAGAAAGUAAAGAAAAACCGGGGCAAAUGUUUGCAGUGAAAAUAAUAGAUAAGAAGGCAUUGAAGGGAAAAGAAGAUUCUUUAGAAAAUGAAAUCAAAGUAUUGAGAAGGCUAACACAUCCUAAUAUUGUACAGCUAUUGGAAACUUAUGAAGACAAGCUUAAAGUGUACUUAGUUAUGGAGUUGGUUACCGGUGGCGAGCUUUUCGACAGAAUAGUUGAAAAAGGUUCCUAUACAGAGAAAGAUGCCUCAGGUUUAAUAAGACAAGUUUUAGAAGCAGUUGAUUAUAUGCAUGAACAAGGUGUCGUUCACAGAGAUCUUAAACCAGAGAAUCUCUUAUAUUAUAGUCCAGAUGAAGAUAGUAAAAUUAUGAUUAGUGAUUUUGGUUUGUCUAAGAUGGAAGAUUCAGGAAUAAUGGCCACCGCCUGUGGUACACCAGGAUAUGUUGCUCCUGAAGUACUCGCUCAGAAGCCAUAUGGCAAAGCAGUUGAUGUUUGGAGUAUAGGUGUCAUCUCUUAUAUUCUCUUAUGUGGAUACCCUCCAUUUUAUGAUGAAAACGAUGCCAAUCUCUUUGCACAGAUUCUGAAAGGUGAAUUUGAAUUUGAUUCACCAUACUGGGACGAUAUCAGUGAUUCAGCUAAGGAUUUCAUACACAAGUUGAUGUGCGUCAAUGUUGAGCAACGCUAUACGUGCAAACAGGCCCUAGCACACCCUUGGAUUUCUGGAAACGCAGCUAGCAAUAAAAAUAUCCAUGGUACUGUAUCUGAACAACUUAAAAAGAACUUUGCCAAAUCGAAGUGGAAGCAAGCAUAUCAUGCUACCACGGUCAUACGUCAGAUGCAGAGAUUGGCACUCAACAGCGGUCAGCAACAACAGGGCCCAGGAUCAGGCCCCUGCACCGGCAGCCUCACGCCGUGUCCCGAUCAAUUGCAAACCAAUCCCAGCAACCAUCAGCACAGAUCAAUGGAAUCUCCAAACAACUUCAAUUGAAGGAAACGUUUGAGCCAUCAUUGUCCACACCAAACUUGAUGGCUUUGCCGACCUCUCCUCCCAUUCCACUUACUCCUAGCUCUCCAUUAUACUUACGCAGCAAGCGCUUUAAAUUAUGGGGCAGUACACGCAUUGCCCUCUCUACUCUUUUUCGAGUUAAUGUCUCGUAUCUUAGGAAGCAAA